AUGCUUCGCCUAUUAUACUUGCGCAAUGUAGCGUUAAAUUCUAUCCGACGGCUUUCGGUUCCCCGAGACUUGAAAUUCGAUCAAGGCCCCUCAUUUUAUGUGCUACCGGAAAUCCCAAGAGAAACUUCAUUGUUGCAAAAGUUGACAUGUACUGAUGGAUUGCCAGACUUCUAUAAAAUUACUCCGGAAUUGGCUUUCAACGGUUUUUCGCGUAUUCUUAUAGACCAUCAACUAUCUUUAUCAAAACUUUCGGAAGAAUUGCAAAAGAACGAUGGAUCACUUUCUGGUCACGUGAUACUGCGUCGGUUGAAAGAGAUAUUUCAACCAGUGGAACAGGCUUUUGAGGCUCUCAAUUCUGUUUCUCUCUACGAUAAUGACCCAAUGUGGGCUCUCAUCAAUGGCCGGUUGUUUCAAAAACUCAAAUCUUCACGAGCAGAAUACUUUUACUUGGACGCAGACAUUUAUCGAGCUCUCCUGAAUUUAUCUCAAAACCCGAAUGACUUGGAUGAAACUGAAAAAGGUAUCCUAAAUGCACUUGUCUACGAUUGCUGGCGACAGGGUGCUGAUUUUGUUCUAUCCGGACCGCGUGGUCUCAGCCGCACAAAGCUAGACAUAGCUGUCACGAGUGCAAACAUAGACGCCCCGGACCAAUCUAAUUUCGAUCGUGUUCGCACUUUGCGUGGGCUCUUAACACGGGAAGAAGAACAGUUUCAGGCAAUGGUUGUGGCUGCAUCGUCGGUUACGGGGCCAGAGGCGCUCAGAUCUCGAUUGUCUGGUCGCUCACCCGAUCCGUCCGAUUUGACCUACGUGGUCGGCUCGGCGAAUAUCCCCAUCGCCGAAUCCGACUUUGCCCCUUCCUGUCCGAGCUGGUUGCCUAGCGCGCUAGGUGGUCGCGUUCACGGUGGUCACGUAGCUGACAUGCGUGUCAGUCUCUCCUCGGAUGCUGUCGUUCGAGCUGUGCUCAAACACUGUAGCACGAAACAGACCCUUGUCUGUUCAUUGGUUCUACUGCUUUGUUAUCUCCCUCUCCCUCGCUCCUUCCACGUGGGUUCGUCUACGGAACAUUCAGGCCCUAAACUAGAUAUUUGGGACUUGGAUUAUGCCAUUGAGCAAUAUAACUACGCUGCAACUCAUGCCCAACUUCAAACACAGGUGUUACCGUCUAGUGGUACUCUAGUCCACUACAUUGGCUCAUUGCUUGAUCUAUUGGCCAAUCUCUUCGGGCUUCGUGUUGUGGUAGAUCGCAUGGAAUCUACCGCUCUGGCCGAACGCGAUGAUGUUGCACGGUUCAGAGUUGAAGAUUGCCACACAGAUUCUCUCCUGGGAUAUGUGAUCCUCGACUUGUUUGCAAGACCUAGCAGACCGGUUCUUCUGGGCUGUGCUAUUCCCGUUUCCGUAACAAAUAACUGGGGCACACGUGAACCGAAACCCAGUGUUCACAUGGCAUCGAUCGAUAGUUCCGAUUCCCGACCCACACUUGUACUGUUGUCGGACAUUCCUUUGAGCGCUCGAACGGAAGGUAUCAAGGUUCAAGAUGUCCUUUCAAUAGCUUCCGGAUUCGGCUCUUGCCUUCAACGCAUCCUCCCACAUGCAUAUCACCAUACGUUGUCGGGUAUCUCUGCCUAUGUUGCUCCAGACUCGAGUUACCUUGUGCCAGAUCUGUGUUCCACCCUCAUGUACACCUCGGUGAUACGACCACAGAGAGAGUCCUCUUCCAAGACAUCUACCAGUUCCAGUCAGUUGUACACGGAUCCAACGACCGGGCUGCGCCCACCACCUGGUCGCAUAUUCGUGCUUCCACUUUUGCGUCAACUGUACGAGGCUCGCUUCGAUCUAUCCCUCUGGUCGAGAAAAGAUCGACACCGCAGCUGGAUGGUCCUGAACGAAGAACACUGGACCUCGCAUCUUCCGUACUCGCGUCAUCCGGAUGACUUUUGGCCAUGUUCAGCGUCUCAGUUGUUCGGACCAAAUUCCGAAGCCGGGUUGCAGUAUCAGCACGUGUGGCGUCAGUUGUUGUUGCACGAUGUACUGGCCACACUAAAGGAACAUGGUUGGCCAGAUCAGGCUGCGCCCACAGCGGUACUCGAACGCUUCCGAAAUACGUUCAUGGUAGCCAAAAAUCUCCUCCCACCUGCGGAAUUGUUUCGAGAGUUCUGUGGUCGCGAUCCAUCUCCGAACGCUUUACUUGACUCCAUUCGAAGUCGCACGUUUCUAGUGCCUUCAUCCAUGCCGAUUGGGUUGGAGGCCGCAAAUGUUCUGAUGCGAGAAUGA